CUCAGAGAGAGCACAUAUUUAUCUUUCAAGAAGAACAAGAAUGAAUCCCUGUUCGAUCCAGCAAACAUCAACUCAGAAAGAGCACAUCUUUAUAGUUCAGGAACUAUAUCAUACAUUAAAUUAAAUUUAAGACUGUUUAUGUCAUUUUCCAUUUCUUUUUCGUUUCCUCUCUCACACUUUCUCGCUCUCGCUCUGCAUCUUAUCCGUUAGAAGGACAUGUUCUGAUAGCAGAGCGAGUAUCAACACCCCCCAUCUCCAGCUCACAAUCGCCCAUGGCGUCUCUUCUGUCUCUUCCUUCGACUUCCUUUACGAGGCUCGCCCUCGUCUCCAGUCAUCCCUCUUCCUCAUUCAAGGGCGACCCCAGCAGCUUGAGAGCGAGACCCUGUUUGUUCCCACCUCCGAAGCUUCAGCUGAAGAGGGGACAGCAGCAAAAGCCCCCGCUCGUCAUCAGUGGCAAGGCGUCUCCCCCGCCGGCCGCGGCGCCGUCGUCCUCCGACCCCGUCCGGUUCAGGCUGGACAACUUGGGACCCCAGCCUGGGUCCAGGAAGAAGGCCAAGAGGAAGGGGAGGGGUAUCUCGGCGGGUCAAGGAGCGAGCUGCGGGUUCGGGAUGAGGGGUCAGAAGUCCCGGUCGGGACCGGGCGUCAUGAAGGGCUUUGAGGGUGGUCAAAUGCCGCUCUACCGGCGUCUCCCUAAAUUGCGCGGCAUUGCGGGAGGCAUGCAUGCGGGAUUACCUAAGUAUGUUCCUGUCAAUCUAAAGCACAUUGAAGCAGCUGGAUUUCAAGAAGGAGAUGAGGUGUCUCUAGAGACUUUAAAGAGUAAGGGUCUGAUUAACCCAUCUGGAAGAGAAAGGAAACUCCCUUUGAAGAUUUUAGGAGACGGGGAACUAAGUGUCAAGUUAAAUGUAAAGGCCCGUGCCUUUUCAGCGGCAGCGAAAGAGAAGCUCGAGGCUGCUGGCUGUUCCGUCACUGUCUUGCCUGGCCGAAAGAAGUGGGUUAAGCCUUCUGUUGCCAAGAACUUGGCACGUGCCGAAGAAUACUUUGCCAAGAAAAAGGCUGCAUCUGCCGCAUCAGAACCUUCUUCGUGAGCCAUUUCAAAGUUUCGAGGUGUUCAUUUUUUGGCCCCUCUCUCCUCUGUGUCUAGUUGCUCUUCUAGCUCUUAUGUUUAAGUUGCGUCUCUUACAGUAUCCCUGAUUCAUUCCCAUUAGUUUAGUUCAGCACUAGAAAGGUGCUAAUUAAGCUUUUGUUCCUGUAGAUUCGUUUAAAUUUUACUAUUAAAUUCUAGCAAGUCUGGAUGCAGAUGUUUGAUGAUUCUCUCUGUAGCGGAUGAUGUCUGAUGAAACUCCCAGCUUCUUUCCUAUGUCUA